UCCGAGAAGAACGUCCAGCCGGAAAACCCGGAGUUCGUGCAGUUCUCCCACGACAAGCACGAUGACUCGCAGAUCGAGGGCCAGUCCAUGGACGCGGAGGACCCGUUCGGCGGCGACAAUCUCACACCCGAGCACGUGGAACAGGCGGAGACCGAUGCGCUCGCCGAGAACGGGCUCAGCUUCAAGAAGCUGUACGAGCAGGGCGACAAUCUGCAGGACGCGGUGAACGCGAGAAAUAGCGACUGCGACGAGAAGCUGGGCGUCGAUUCGGCGUUGAACGACCCGAAGUUGGCCGACGUCGACAAGGUCGCGGACGGCGUCGCCGAGACGUCGAGUAACGUGCAAGCCGCCGUCGACUCGCUCGAGAGCACGUCGAUGGACGUCGAUCUUCCGGGCGCCAGUGCGUCGGAGACGGAACCGGUAGACGUGUCCUCCGCGAAAUCGCCCGCCGAACGAGACGAGCAGGCCAAGAAGAGCGUCGAGGAGAUCGCACCGAUAGAGGCGGACGAGGAGCAGACCGACGUGUUGCCGGGACAAGACGACGAAUUGUGCAUCAUUCCAGACAGCAUGAAGAUAAUAAUACCAAAUAAAUCGGGCAAAACGGUGGACGACGCUCAGGGCGAGUCUACGGUCGCCAAGGAUUCGAAAUCCGAGGAAGCGUCGCAGAAAUCCAAUUCCGAGCUUGAGAAGGAUGCCUCGCAGGAUGAGUCGGUGAAAUCGGUAACUGUGGAAAAUAAAAGUACAGAAGAGAAUGCCGUAAAGCAGAAGAUGGUCGUUGAAGACGAGUCGAAGUCGGAAAAUGUGGUCCUGAUGGCGGAUGUUAUCAACAUCGACGACGAGUCGAAAAAUUCAGAAGUUGAGGAGAUUAGUCAUAAAGAGGUGUGUAAGCAGUGCGGCGAGGAGGGGGUGUGCAAAAUUCGGGUGAAGAUCGACACGGAUAGUCAUCUCGUGUGCUCGAAAACGUGCAAGGCGUUAUUUAAAGCAGCCAAUAUCAAAUCGAUGGACAUACCGAGCCAAGCGGCUCACUCUAAACAGGAGAAGCGUUGCGCGAGCUGUUUAUUAAUUAUAGAGGCAAGUGACGAGCGAAAUCUCUCGUGGGAGACAAUGGAGUUCUGCAACGAGGAAUGUUUGGGCAAGUUUCAACGCAAGUACGGAAGUUACUGCAAGAAUUGCAACGGCGCGGUUCAAGCUGUGAGUUUAGGAAAGUAUUGCGUGAGAUUCGGAUGCGACGUGCGACAGUUUUGCUGCUCGACAUGUCUGGAGGAGUUCAAGAAGGGCCUGAAGGUGUGCAGUUACUGUCAGAAGGACAUAAGUUUCAGCACGGACGGCUUCCUCGCGCCGGUCGGCGAGAAGGGGCAGUUUAAAGACUUUUGUACGCAAGACUGCAUGGAAAAGUAUUCCAAGUUGAAUUCGACGGAGCCGCCAGCUACGGAGAAGAAGCCGUGCAGCGUCUGUCAGGAGCAAAAGCUCGUACACUGCGAAGUUCAGAUAUACAAUAGCACUCCAGUAGCGAUAUGCAGCGAGCCCUGUUUCGCCGCGUUCAAGUUUGUGAAACAGGUGAAGCCUGAGCAGUGCUCUACCUGCAAGAAGUUUUUCGAAUUGCCGAAUAAGCAGCAUUUUAUUGUAUUUUACGAAAACGAGCCCCACACGUUUUGCCACAAGACAUGUUUAAAUAUAUUUAUCAUAACGAAUAGGAAAAUAGUUCCGUGCAACUGGUGCAAAGUAAAGAAGUAUAACUUUGAUAUGAUUAAGAAGGAAUUGAAAUCGGGACAAACUCUGAUGAUGUGCAGCUUAAAUUGUUUGACGCUAUAUCAGGUUUCGAUAAAUGCGGUGUCUGCGAAACGAAUUAACUGUGAUUUAUGUAAGGAGUACUCCUUAGCUCAUUAUCAUCUCACAAUGUCGGACGCUACGAUACGUAAUUUCUGCUCGUACAAUUGCGUCAUGAACUUUCAAGCGCAAUACACCAAGUCGCCUAUAACUAUACCGUCGGGCGACGAUCCUGUACCUACGGGGCUGCCCAAGAGGACCACAUUGCCGCAAAGAAGCACGGCUCAGACCGUUGGCAGCGAGAUGCCAAGUAAGAAGAUUCCGGUCAUCUCUUCGGUGACGAGCCUAGCCUCGAUGGGAAACGGACAAGCGAGCCCGACGUCGCAGCAAAACAAUAUGGUGAUGCCCGCGAACGCGAGUCAAGCGGCACAGAUGGUCUACAAGCAGCAGGUCAUUACCAGACCGCCUAGUCCGGUGAAAGUGCACAACAAGACGACUCAGUGCAAGCCUAUAGUACAUACGAAAGGGGUGUCCGUGCGUCCUCAUCCCUGCACAAAAUGGACGCAGACGACGGAAAAGGCGCAACAGGUGUUCGUACCCAUACCAGUGCCAAUUUACGUUCCGUUUCCAAUGCACAUGUAUAGUUUACCUUUCCCAGUUCCAAUGCCUUUCCCGUUGCCCAUUCCGGUCCCGCUGUUUAUACCUACUACGAGAAACAGCGCCAAGGGAAUUAUGAAAGAUAUCAAGAAAAUACAGGAGAAGAUACCGGCCGAUCCGUACGAAGCCGAGCUCCUUAUGAUGGCCGAGAUGGUGGCUACCGAAAAGAAGACAAACGACAGCGAUUCGGACUCGGUGGACGAUAGUCCGGAAGCGGUUGAUUCCAGCAACAUGUUUGGAGAGGACAUGUUGCAAGUGGCGCAAAUGUUAAACAUCGCCGCGGCAGAAUUAAACGAGCCAGCGGUCGAUUUGGAAGCUGCCCUGACUUCGAACACGAUUACAGCUACACAAGCACCGCCGCAGACAGAGAACACUUUAGAUAACGACGUGCAAUCGGAACGGCUAAUGGUUGCCUCUAGAGGAAAGAAACGUGUGAUCCCGUACAAACCGCGAUCGACACCGACCAAACGGAUGAGGCGUGUCUCCGGUACAAAUGACAUGCCGAUGAUGCCACCACCGGAGCCACAGCCGCCGCCGCAGCCGCGCAUUUUGGAGCCGAUGGAGAAACCUGACGCUAAUAUGGCAUUAAAAUAUACGUUUGGCGUAAACGCGUGGAGGCAAUGGGUGGUGGGGAAGAAUGCUGAAUUAGAAAAACAAAGUACACCCUUGAGGAAGAUAAAAUUGUUCAAGACAGAUCUCCUGCAACUUACCGCGGACGAGUUAAAUUAUUCGCUAUGCCUCUUCGUGAGGGAAGUGAAAAAACCGAACGGUUUGGACUACGCUCCCGAUACAAUAUACUACCUUUGCCUAGGAAUACAGCAGUACCUGUUUGAGAAUAACAGGAUCGAUAACAUAUUCACGGACUCGUACUACGAGAAAUUUACAGAUUGCUUAAACGAGGUAGCGAAAAAGUUCUCCGUGCUGUACAACGAUACCCAAUACAUCGUGACCAGAGUGGAGGAGGAGCAUUUGUGGGAAUGCAAACAAUUAGGUGCCCAUUCCCCGCAUGUUCUGCUAAGCACGCUUAUGUUCUUCAAUACGAAACAUUUUAAUCUCGUGACAGUAGAGGAGCACAUGCAACUUUCCUUCUCUCAUAUCAUGAAACAUUGGAAGCGCAAUCCAGCAGCCCAACCCGCAGCAGUGGCAGGGAAAGUUCCCGGUUCAAGAAAUGUCCUUCUGAGAUUUUAUCCGCCGCAAUCAGCUCUUGAAGCUAAUUCAAGAAAAAAGAAAGUGUAUGAACAACAAGAGAAUGAAGAGAAUCCAUUGAGAUGUCCUGUUAAGUUGUACGAAUUCUAUUUGUCGAAAUGCCCUGAAAGCGUCAAGACGCGAAAUGAUGUCUUCUAUCUAUUGCCAGAACGUAGUUGUGUGCCAGACAGUCCGGUAUGGUACUCGACAUCGCCCCUCGCGAAGGAACAGCUCAUCAAAAUGUUAUAUCGUAUUAAAAUGGUUAAAGAAAUUAACGUAGCUUUACUAACGACUUAAUUUUACCUAUUACAAUGAUCUCUUAUAUCGUCAAACCAACAAGUAAGAGAGGCAAGAGGAAGACUCAUCUGUUUUAACACUUUGACUGCCAUCCGAAAAUGUGAGUUCAACCUCAGACUUAGCAAUGUUACAAUAUCGUAUAUUUAAUUAUAAAAGUGAACAUUUGAACAAGAUUCCGUUAACGAAGUUUAAUUUUUGGUACAAAUUUUGUCUUUAGCAUAAGAAGCUACGUUGUGAUUUUUACCUAUUGAAUUGUGUGUAUAUGCAAAGUGUUAAAAUGGUACGUGAAAAUGCAGAAGAGGGAUUACUACAAAAAUGAGAUACGAACAGAAAUAUAGGAUUAAACAAGUUUUCCAGUUUUUAUUGUAUAUUUUUCACUUCCCAAUAAAAAGAAACUUCUUGAUCAUAAAAAAAAA